AUGCCGCUCGCCACGGAGGGACCACACCGCCGCUGCCUCCUCCUCCUCCUCUUCCUCCUCCUCUUCUGCCUGCUCCCACCGCUGGAUGCCUUGGGUCCACCUCCGGAGGAAUCCCGGGAUCCGCCGCUGCCGCCGUCCGGCACCGCUGACCCCGCCGCCCGCCUGCUACGCGGCCGCCCUUCGGCCCCGGCGCGGCCCUACAGCCUCUCGCUCUCCCCCGAGGACUACCGCUACUCCCCCAAACCCCGGCACUUGAAGCCCGGCCGGUUGCGCCGGCUGCUGGGCUCGGCUUUUGACCGCUUCUGGAUGGCGACCGAAAAACCUCGGGGUCUCAACGGCAGCAUCCCGGAGGAGAACCUGGAGUCCCUAAGCCGGGAUUUGGCAGAGGGUGCCGGACGCUACCGACGCAAGCUGUGGCGGGAAUUGGAGGGGCUGGAGCUGCCCACCCUCUUGCCCCCCGGCUCGGGGUUGCCCCCCGAAUUACUGGGGACUCUGGCCCGCCGCCUGCAGCAGUGGCUGGUGGAACAGGCCGCCUGCCGCCUCACCUCUGCCUGGGUCGACCUGGGACCGGUCUUCUGGCCCCGCUGGGUCCGCCACACCGCCUGCGAGACCGGACCCCCCGGAUGCUCCUGGCCCCCCGGCAUGACCUGCCGCCCCGCGCAGCUCACCCACAUCAAGCUUCUAGCCUGGCACUGCUGGGUCCCCCAGACCCCCGGACCCCCACACUGCGCCUGGCGGCAGAUCCCUUACCCUGUCGUGGCCGCCUGCAAGUGCUCCUGCCGCUGA